AUGUUUUGUUCUAAGUGUGGGAGUAGUUUAAACAAGUUGAUUGAAACAACCGAAACAAGUGCUACUUCCAAAAGUUCGAAAGAUACAACUACACGUGGGACGAAAUGUCUUAGUUUCGAGGAGUAUGCCUCAAAAAAAAAAGAAGAAAGGGCGACACACUUUAGAAGCUCGUCAAAGAAAAAAGCAAAGCCGAAAGAUAUGGAAACAGUGGCAUUAAUAAACAUUGGUUUAAUGAAAUACGUCAGUUUUGACAUGACAACUCCUGUUCGUGGAAAAUCGUUGCCAUUAAAGGUAAACAAAGACGCCAAAUAUGCGGAAGUUUUUUCUGUGGCGUUGACAAAAAGGGAGGCCUAUGACAAGUCAUUUGACACUAAAUUAAGUUGGAAACUAGUCUACCCUGAUGGUCAAUAUUGUUUAACACUUCCGGGUCAGGAAGAUCAAGAGUUUACUUUAAGAAAAUAUAAAGAAGACCUGGGAAAACCAUACAAUCGAAUCACCUUAUACUUGUGCCCAGAAGAACCAGAUUUCAAUCCUGAAGCAAGUGACGAAGAUCAGUUUGACGUUACUCAGGAUGUCAGGUAAAUUUUGGGAAACAUGGAGCCAAAUAAUAAAAAGCUCAAUAGUUUUAAUACCCAAGCAUUCUAAACUUUUCCAAUAAAAUAGCCAGCCACCGUCUUACUGCAUUCAACAUCUUUUGGUGGGAAAUGAUGUAAUAAAUUUGUGGGUAUUAAUUAAUUAAUACAGACAUACUAAUUGUGUGCAACAAAACUUUGUUUACAACAAUUGUAGGCUGUUAGAAAUUUCGGGAAAUAUGUCUGUAUAGUUUUGAUCUAGAGUUUUAUAGUUAUACUUGUGUAAUCACACAAUACAAUCCCCUCCCCCUUCAGACGGCAUAAAUUUCAUCUGUGGGGGAAGUGUAUUUGGAUAAAACUGUAGAAUGAACAAUGAGCAUUCGGAUUCUGUGUGACCAGCAUGAAGAAUAUAGAUUCAUUAAUAAAUCCAUAUAUUAUUUCAGUAUACAAAUUCCUUUCUCAUCAGGAAAAGGAAAAGAAAAGACAUUGCAUUUGUUGAGGAUGAAAUUGGAUGUGGUGGUUCACAAAAUAUGUGAGUAAAUUAAAUGUGAAUAUUAAACAAGACAUUUAGUAAAACACAAUCUGGCUUUUGCAGAUUAUUGAUUUCUAACUUUGGGUUGAAAAUAGGGUUGUGUAACAUGUUCAUUUGAAAUUGGUCUUUUUGGAGAAGCUUCCAGCUUGAAAAGAAAACAAUUUUCAUUGCUGAAAGAUAUUUUCCAUGCCUUUGCAUUGUAGUAAACAGCUUAAGUUGUACCCUCGACAUUUAUGUAGUACAGUACAGGUAUGUCAAUAACAAAGUACAGCUUACACUUAAACAAGUUUUGAAAAGGGCAGUACUGUAUAUGGUAUUGGCAUGACACUAUGACUGCCCAUGCCCACUUUGACAUUUGCUAUAUUUGACUUUAAUUUUCACUUAUAGUGACGUUACUAAAAGUGGCAUUGAAACUAUCCCAGAAUCUAAAAAACAACUUGAUGAUCCCUCUUGUUCCAGUAAUGGUGUCUCGUUUGAUAAAAGUACCUGGUCUGAUACAUGGCUUCCUAGUAAUGAUGAUUUGUUGUAUGCAUCAUUGCUCUUUGAUGAGCAAGUGCCUUGGAGUGAUUCCGACAAUGAAAAUGUUCAGGAACAGUCAGAAGAGAUUAAUAAAGUAAAUAAUGAUAAGCAAUCACUGCAUGACAUACUUGUAGAACUAAAUAGUAAUAUUAACCCUACUCAGAUAUCUAAGUUUAAUAUUUGCCGAAGUCACCUUUGGGAAGGAGCAGUAAGAGGCCUUAACAGAAAGUCAUUUUCUCCGGCACACAAGGUGUCUAUUAAGUUUACUGAUGAUGUGGGAGUUGCAGAAGGGGCAGUUGAUUCAGGGGGCCCAAUGAGGGAAUUCUUUACUCUCAUCAUGGAGUGGAUGGUAAGUUCUCAGUUGUUCUGCGGUACUGAAAGAGAUAAGUAUUUGUCUAGUAUUUCUAACUACCUCACUAAUGACUAUUACUUCUAUGCUGGCGAGCUAAUUGCAAUGUCAAUAGUUCAUGGUGGUCCUGGUCCUAGGUGUUUUGGGGAACCUCUUUAUGAUGCCUUGACAAAAGGUGUACUGAAAGCUUCUGUAAAUGUAGAUGAUGUCUAUGAUUUUGAGUUAAAAAACUCUCUUAAUACAUUUAAGAAUGCCUCAACAGUUGAGGAAGCUCGAAAGCUUAUUUCAGAUAGCAAUAAUUUAGAAACUAUUUUAGAUCUUGCUGGAACUCUUCAAGUGUUUCAAACAACAGAAGAUGUCCUUAAUGUUGUUGACAAAACUGCUCACUGGUUUGUGUUGGAGAGGUUUCAAGCUUCCCUAGAACGGUUUAAAGCGGGUCUUAGUAUCCUUGGUGUUCUUGAUGCUAUGUGUAUGCAUUAUGAGCAGUUUAGAGAUGUAUUUUGUUAUUCAAGUUGUACUUUUAGUGCUGACACAUUCGGCUCUCUUUUUUCUUUUCUGCGAAGUGAAGAGGGUUCCAAUAAAUAUGCGAUAGAAGGUCUCGUUUUGUCACAUUGGAAUGACUUCCUACAGGAUAUUGAAGAACAAGUAAUAGAUGGGCUAAGUUUCUUUGACAUUCUGUUUUUUGCAAGUGGGUGCAAAUAUAUUCCUCCUUUGGGUUUAGCUUUGGAGAUAAGUUUUCUUCAUACACCGGAAGCAAGUGGUUCGCGGUCUAGAUUCCCAAAGGCCAAUACUUGUGCAUGUGAUAUAUACCUACCAGUGAUCCAUAACACAUAUAUUGAAUUCAAAAAAGAUGUAACAUUAGCAUUUCUUAAUACAAAAGGCUUUGGUUAUGCCUAA